AUGCUCGCCUCGACUCAACAAAUCUUCAAGUCUUUCAAUUGUCCCAAAUGUAACAAACCAUACUCGAAAACGGCAGGCGCAGAGAAUACACCAACGCAGACUAUUUGCCCUGCUAUUCAAGAAAUUUGUAUGGGAUGCUACAAAAAGCAAAGAAAACUCUAUGCAAAAGAUCGAGUGCAUCAUUGCGAAGCUAUAUUAAAGCAUCAAUGGGGUUGUUUUUCUUCGGAGCCAAUUCCAUCGUAUUACUUAAUGGAGCUGCUCUCAAGUGGGGCUUUCAAAUUGGAUCAGCAAGGGAAAGGAUAUGUGCAAACAACCCAAUCAAUCACAAUUCCGGAAUGUCCGGUUUGUAAAAAAGAAUAUUCGUUGAGAGACGCCAAAAAUGAGCCAUUCAGUCUCUAUUGUGGAGAUACCACAUCGUGGGAAAAUCCACUUAAAACCUUUCUGCGAGAACUUGAAGAAAAAUCGACGCAAAAAGAAGAUGAAAUGAAAAGGAUUUGUGAAGAUUGUAGAAAAGAGGUGUCUCUCCUCGAAAUGUUCCAAUGCAUGGAUUGUGGGGAUAAAAUGUUAUGCCCUCGAUGUUCUUGCAAGAAUCAUCGUCUUCAUCAGAUUAUCGAUCUUGAAGUUGUUGAAGUGAAGAAACUGGGGAAAGUGACUCGCGAAACGAUCAUUCCACAAAUUGAGGCCUACAAUGUCUGUUUCCCAGCACUCCAAUCGAAUUUGAUAAAGAAUUCCAAUGAGUGCCAAAAGAAAAUUCUCAGUCGAACCGAUCAACUCGGUUACCUCAAUGGAUUUGCAAAAGCAAAGGAGCAACAGGAGGCUUGCAUGGCAUUUGGCAAGAGAUUCGAGACGAUUUGCGAGAAAUACUUGGGGGAAUUGCGGUCAUUCAACACCGGUAUUGAGAAGCUCAUCGAUGACAUCGAUGAGUCGCCAAAA